AUGGAAAAGCUACAGGUUGCAAGUCACAGUCAACAUUACUUUACAACAGUGACCAAUCACCAAGGCCCCGGCCAUCCUUCUUACUUCACGACCCAAGAAAUGGACGGUGUGGUUCUGUACUGGUACGACAGCCGUACCCAGCUGCUGGAGAUCAGAGCUCCAUGGGUGAAAAACACUAACCUCAGUCUGUGGUCCAUUGACAUCAUGGAGAGUACUCAUCAGCUCAGAAUGCAAAACUACUUACGGGCUAUAAUGAACUACACGAACGCCAGCGAAGGGUAUCAUAUUCUCCAGAAGAUCGAAGGCUGCACUCUGCACGAUAAUGGGUCUGUGGCAAGCGUUCUUAGCGAGGCUUAUAACGGGCAGCGUUUUACCCACUUCAACCCUGACACGGCAAACUGGACAACAGAUAUCGCUUCUGCUCAGUUCUACGUGGACAUCUUAAAUUCCAACAGGACGAAUAACGAGAACAUAAGGGACCAGUUGGAGAAGAACUGCCUGGUAAACCUGGAGCUACUGCUGUCUGCGGGAAAUGUCACGCUCAGCAGGAGAGAAGAACCAAUGCUUGAGGUGGCCCAGGAACCGACGUCUAAUACCACCAUGGCACUGCACUGCAGGGCGUACGGUCACUACCCGCGGGAAAUCUCCAUGAGCUGGUACAAGAACGGCCAGCGGGUACCUGAUGAGGAGCUGGAGAGAAUGACGCUGCCUCUCCCCGACACCGACUUCUUGUCUUCAUUAUCUGUCAAUGUCAGCCCGACGCCAGGAGACCUAUAUACUUGCCGUGUGGCCCACGGCAGCCUAAACACGCCAGUAACACGGGAAUGGAGUGAGUACAAAACAUGGGGCUCAUGCUAG